AUGAGGGAAUGCACCACCGAGGAACAAACCACUGUGACCGAGAACAAUGCAUUCAUAUCGAGUCCGAGGACAGCGAUGAGUCCUUCGAGUCUGCCACCUCCCAUACCCGUUCUAGGGAUCAAGCAUGUCCGACACGCUGGUGCAACUGCGGUGACCCGGUCUGCUGUGAGGGAUCCCACGACCAGGAUCAAUUCCUCUGUUCCCCGACUCGAGAGCGUCCAGACCGGCACGGGGAGCAGCACUACUGCUAUCCUUUGGAAAGACCCAGACCGUGCCCUAUUACCUCUGCUCGCCGCCACAUGCACAAACACAGGCACAAACAUCACCACUUGCCCUGCUCUGCGACUCACCGGGACUGUCCCUGCAAUGUUUGCUUCUGUAGAGGAUCAGGAUUAG